AAUCUCACAACGCGGACCGCUCCCCGCCUCGUUUCCCCACUGCAGAUUUGUGUUGGGGCCCACCCGAAGUGUGUGUCGGCGGGGGUUGGGGGGUGCCGGUGGGUGUGGCACCAACAGAAAAGGAAGAAAUGUCCCCAGACUACCGGGAACCCUGCUUCUGGCUUCAGUCUCCCCUCCAACCCCACCUCCUUUCCCGCCCGUCCAGCUCCACUUGCUCGGGGCUGGGAAGGGGCUGAAGGGUCAGGUCUCCAAAGGGCCCAGGCUUUGGGGAGCGGGGCGGUGAGGAGAAAGAGUGAGCAGAACUCCGGCACCAGCCGCAAACGGCUUCCCAGGGGCAAAGGCAGCCUCGGUGACGCCUCUUCAAAGUGAAAGCGAAAGGUAAGUAGGCGGAAGACGGAAAAGAAGGCGACAGGUAGCGGCCAAUAAGGGGCUUGGAGAGCCCUUUCUCCUCCAGCGUCGCAGUGUGCAAGCAGCGGAGAAGGGCUGAGGGCGAGGAGGCCGGAGAGCAGCCCCCAUGGGCGCCGUGGCGGGGUGGUGCCUGCUGCUCUGCUGGGCGCUGACGAGAGCGGCGGACGCAGCAGAAAGGCAGUGGUGGGCAGUGGAUGUGGUCUUAGACUGCUUCUGUGAGGAAGGUGGGGUCCUUGCCAGCAGUAGGAACAUGGUGAAGGCCUUACUCGUGCUGAGGCAGGUGCCAGUGACAGAUGAUGGCUCCCUGGAAGGCUUUGCUGAUUUCCAAGGGGACACACACACCAAAGACAACCCACCUGUUACCUUCGAGGCCUCAGCCAGCCUGGUACAGAUUCCCCAGGCCGAGGCCUUGCUCCAUGCCCACUGCAGCGGGAAGAAGGUGACCUGCGAGAUCUCCUGCUAUUUUCUCCAGGCCAGACAAGGGGCCCCUGUUGACACAGCAGCUUCAUUCAUCGCCAACGUGCAGCUGUCUGGAGGGGGGCCUAGUGUCUCUGUGGUGAUGAAGACUCUGGGGGACACUGAGAAUGGGGCUGUCUUGCACCCCACACUGUACCUCAGGGCUCAGGGGACUAUUCAGACUGCAGUGGAGUUCCAGGUGACAACACGGACCCCAUCCCUGAAUUUCCUGCUGGGGUCCUCGGCCUCCCUGCACUGUCGCUUCUCCAUGGCACCAGGCUUGGCCCUUACUGGCGUGGAGUGGCGGCUGCAACAUAAGGGUGAUGGGAAGCUGGUGCACAGCUGGACCACAGGGCACAGGCAGGUCAAGUGGGAGAGCGCUGCCCUGGAGCCCGAGCAGCUACUCAUGGCCGGGGAUGCCUCCCUCACCCUACCCAGCCUCACUCUGAAGGACGAGGGUACCUACAUUUGCCAGAUCACCACCUCUCUGUACCAAGCUCAGCAAAUCAUCCAGCUCCACGUCCAAGCUUCUCCCAAAGUACGACUGAGCUUGGCCAGCGAAGCUCUGCUACCCACCCUCACCUGCAGUGUCUCUGGCUACUAUCCCCUGGACAUGACUGUGAUAUGGAUCCGAGAGGAGCUGGGUGGAGCCCCAGCCCCAGCCUCCGGUGCCUCCUUCUCCAGCCUCCAGCAAAGCACAAUGGGCACCUACAGCAUCACCUCCUCCCUGACGGCAGAACCUGGCUCUGUGGGGGCCUCUUACACCUGCCAGGUCACCCACAUCUCCCUGGAGGAGCCCCUCAGGGCCAGCAUCCGGGUUGCUCUGCCAGGGCAGAGAAUGGCCUUUGGAGUCCUUUUCGCCAGCAGUCUCUUAUUUCUUGCACUGUUGUUCCUGGGGCUUCAGAGACGCUGGCUCACCGAGGUCUGCCAACACCCUGUAGUGCUCCAAGUAGCUACUCUCCUGCCUCAGAGUAAAAAAGAAUGAUCACGUGUUCCCAGGACUUUACACCAAGUCUCGGAGCUCAAAAAGCCCCAGGACAGAUCAUGGGGGCUCUGGCUCAGGCGAAGGGCAGGCCUGUCUCCCUUCACCAUGACCCUGGGUUGAGCUCCGAGGGAGACAAUAUGAGGAGGUGAGAGUGGCAGCAGAAAGGAAAUGUCUGGAGGCUAAAACACAAGUCAGACUUGAGGUGCAGUGGCAGGAAAAGAAAACAGGAAGAAUUUAUGAAAAGGGCAGGUGAGGGAUGGUGGGCAAAGGCGGAGUUGGACCACCAUGCACGAAUAUUGAACUCUGUCCAAAUAAAAGCCCCUAUGUCCUCAGA